UUACGAAGCCACACCUUCUGACUUUUCUUACUCUGUGGCUUAGUUAUGGGGUCCCAGCUCCUCUGGUUCUGAUUCACUAGGGUGCCAGGACAGCCACAGGUCUGAGAGACUGCAGACAAUCUGACUCUUCCUGGUCCUUCCGGGCACCGCCCCCCACUUAGGGCCUAGGAGCCACUUCCUUCCUAUCCUAACCAACCAGCUGGCCUUAGACAGCUCUGAACCCUUCGCUGAAACAGACCCUUCCACCUCCUUUCCUUGGAGGGCAGGCAGCAGGGGUCCCAGGUUUCUGGGGACUUGGGCUGUCUUGGCUCCUCCCCACUGGGGCAGAGACUGGGGGCGGGGGGGGGGCAGUGCGUUAGUGCAGUGACCUCAUAGCUGAGCAAUUUCACUUUCCUUUUUCUCCUCUUUGGAGGCCCCUGAAAAGAGUUCUCUUUGGGCUUCCCAGAGACUCAGAGGGGGUUCGGUCUGCCCUGAGCCAAGUUCAGGGUCCCUUGGACGGUCUGUGUAGAGAUGGCAGGAGGAGACAACGUACUCCACAGCAGGACAAUCCUAGAGGACCAGAAUGAAGAAGAGUCAGCUGACUAUCAGCUCUUGUUUAAGCACUUCAAAGAAAACAAGGUGGAGAUAGCAAGCGCCAUCACCAAGCCAUUUCCUUUCCUCAUGAGCCUUCGAGACCGAGACUUCAUCUCGGAGCAGAGGUUUCAGGAAUGUCGAGAAACAUGUAAGAACCUGGUCCCGGUGGACAUAGUGGUGUAUGACAUCCUGACUGAGGUACAGAAGAAGUUUAGCCGGGAACUUCUGAAAGUGAUAUUCAGCAAACCGCACCUGAAGGCCUACCCCGACUUAAAGGAGACUCUAAAACACUUCUUCCUAAAUGUUUCUGACAAUCAGAGGACUCCUCAGAGGAUGAAUGGAAGAGAUGUUGAAGAGAGGCCCAGACUGCCAUCAGUCGUUGUGGAAGCAUCCAGUAGUCCUGGAAAUUCCAAUACGAAUGAUAAGCAAGCAGAGGAGGUGCCCAGCCUUCCACAAUGCAAUGGAGGAGAUGGAAGUAGUUCUGGGGAACAAAUGUGUGAUGGCCGAGAGCCCCAGGACGACCUGUCCUCAUCCCUGAGACAUGAAGCAGGAGCACAGCAGCCCACAAGUGAAAAGUGUACCUGUGUCAUGUGUUCCCCAACAUAUGUGCCAGAAGACCUGGAAGCAAGGAUGGGAAGCAGCCAAGGAGAAGCAGUAGACACCCGGAGGAACAUUCCUGCUAGAAAAUCCAAGAAACAGAGAAGAAAAAAGAAAGGUUACAACUGGUCAAAAACAAAAUGGAAAAAGCCAGUGAGUGUACAGAGAAAACGUGGCAGAAUAGCUGUUGGCCAGGCAGCUUUCAGGAGGAAGAAGAUGAAAAGGAACCCAGGACUCUCUGCUAAGAUCCGGGGUCCAAGAAGGCGCAGAAAGGAAAAUGCCAAUUUUAAUGCUGAGUUGCUUCCCGUGACGUGUGGUGACUUGAAGGGAGUUUUACACAAGGAUAAAUUCAAACAAGGAAUAUCUGUGAUGUCCAUACAGUGUCAGGAUGGGAACUGGUUCACACCCUCUGAAUUUGAAAUCAUGGGAGGCCAUGGACCGUCAAAGAACUGGAAAUUGAGUCUGCGCUGCUAUAAUUGGCCCCUGAAAUUCCUGAUCCAGAGAAAUUAUCUACCCAAUCCUCCACGGAUAUAUGGCAAGAGAAAAAAGAAGAGAACACAGAACUCGUUUCCUUCCCCAGCUGACCUUAGUAAUCAGAACUCAGAUGAAUGUGAGGUGUGUCGGGACGGAGGAACACUCUUCUGCUGUGAUACCUGUUCCAGAGCCUUCCAUGAAGAGUGUCAUAUCCCAACAGUGGAAACUGAGAUGACACCAUGGAGUUGCAUCUUCUGUAGGAUGCAGUCCUUAGGAAGUCAACAGAGUCUUUCAGAAUCUGAGAUACUGAAGAGGGAGAUGAUGCCCCAGGAACAGUUGAAGUGUGAGUAUGUUCUCUUGAGAGUCUAUUGCUGUUCUGAGAGCUCCUUUUUUUCCAAGAUGCCAUAUUAUUAUUAUUUUAGAGAGAUUACUGUGGGUGUGCAAGAGCCUAUGUGGCUGGACAUAAUCAAGAAAAAGCUGAGUGACCAGGCUUACUUCCAAGUAAAAGACUUUGUGCAAGACAUGAGGCUCAUCUUCCGGAAUCACAGAAUCACGUUCAAGGACCCUAAGUUUGGUGAAAUGGGACUUAGACUGGAGUCCAAGUUUGAGAAGAGUUUCAAGGAAGUGUUUGCUAUUCAGGAAGCAAAUGAAAAGAGUUGACAAAAAUCAGAGAUGUGGCCAGUGUCCUGGGACAAUCUUCACAUUUGGCCAUGUCUGCCCACCUGCAGCAGCAAUGAGUGGUCUUUACAGACUCCAUCAUUCCCAGACGAUUGCUCUGAGUCACAUGGAGACAGAGAGUUACAACUGCUGGCCUGGGGGUCUAAACCCUGUCUCCCCAUGAAAUCAAGAGUAUGGUACAUUGCUGCUCUCUGCUCUCCAAGGGUCUAGGCUGGAGCCUGACUCCAACUGGCUUGGUUUCGCACCACACCUCACAUACAUAUCUUGCUUGUCUCCUGCUCUCCCGAGAGCAAUCCACAAUAAAUCAUGAGCUUCCAAAACUUCAAA